UCCAGCUACUUUCUAUCCAAAACCUGCAUCAAAACUAAAAACGAGAUGGCUUUCUGGUCUGCUGAGAAUGCCACAAAAGCAUACCUCAAAACAUUGAAAAUGGGCCAGAAAGCCCAAGAACCAAAUGUAGCCGAGUUCGUUUCAGCCCUUGCAGCUGGUAACAAUGCACAACUAAUGGUUGUGGCAUAUGCUACUGCUGCCAACUCUACUGCUUUAGCCCUUGUGGCCGCUGCUCACCAAACUGGUGGCCAUGUAGUUUGCAUCGUCCCCGGAAUUGAAGAACUUCAACUGUCCAAGAAAAUCCUGGGCUAUGAUGAGAGCCAUAUUGAGUUUGUAGUUGGUGAAGCUCAAAAUCUUCUGCUAAGUGACUAUAGGGAUGCUGAUUUUGUGCUUAUCGACUGCAACCUGGAGAAUCAUGAAGGAAUUCUUAGAGCAGUGGAGGCAGGUACGAAACGCAACGGAGCCGUUGUUGUGGGCUAUAAUGCCUUUUCCAAAGGUUCAUGGCGGUCCAGUGGAUCGAGAACUCAACUGCUACCUAUAGGAGAAGGGCUGCUAGUCACUAGAAUUGCUGCAAAAGCCAAAAUUGAUGGUGGUUUUGGAAAGAGAAGUCACUGGGUUGUAAAGGUGGAUAAAUGCACUGGGGAAGAGCAUGUGUUCAGGGUCAGGUUUUCGCAAGGGAAAGGAAUCGGAGCUUAGAAUAUGGGCAGUGCUUCCUUUGGCUGCUUAGGAGAAGUCCAGAUUUUCUCUCUUUAUUUCCCCUGCUUUCCAGCCAACCAAAUGGAGUAAAAGGUCUUUAGCAUAGGUCAAAAUUAGUUUAUCGGAGAGCUUUUAAUUUGUAAAUA